AUGUUAUUAUUGAUCGUAUUUAUCAGUGCACUCAUAUAUUCCACUGACAGUUUAAAAAUAGCUCUACCUACUACUAUUAUCCAGUCUCAAACGCCUGCUGGCAUCUCGAUAGGACGAACUUCAACAAAUGAUGAAGGACAAUUUAUAAUAGCUGACGGCAACUCAGAUCAUUUAUUUCGAUCGUAUGAUUUUAUAAAAGAAGAUAUUGUUAAAUUUAACGAAGGUGACACUGAGAAUACAAAAAAUGAUGUAAAAAUUAGAUGUUCAUGUAAUACGAUAAAUCCAUGUUUACCAUCUAUUCAAAUAAUCGAAGGUCAUUUUGUUCAUUAUGAUAAUGAUUCUGAUGAACACUUAUUUGAUGAGGAAGAUUUUCAAAAAACAGAAGUCUAA